GUCAUGGUAACCACAACACGCUCGUUCUUCCGGAAAUAGAGAACCGUGAUUUGGUUCCGCUGGACAAUUUUAAAACGUACUUUUGAGUAGUUUUGUUGGAUAAAGAGAUUUAAUACUUGAAGACAGGAAAAGUUAAACAUGGAUGUGUCUGAGGAGGAGCAGGAAGACAGGCCUUCUAGCACAAAAGCAGCAGAGUUUGAAGGACAAGCAAAACCUCUUGACCCUGUUGCUCUCUCUCCUGAUGCACCCCUUGCCGAGAUCUCUGCUAGUUCUGCCUUCCAGAUUCUAGAUGAGAUGUUGUCACUCAACAAAAUUAACCAGACGACUGCAGCAAAACUGAAAGCCAACUUCAAACUACUCCAUCAAACCUUGAAAUGCUCCCAGAAUUCAGAGAUCCGACUUUUGGGAGAGGCAAAAAGACAUCGGGUUAAGCUGAAGAAGCUUCAGUCUGAAGUAGAACGAUUGGAGCAGAGCAGCUCCGAGGAUCCUGAGAGUGAGGUCAGCAAGCUGAUGCGACAGCUCCUCCAGGCUUACAACCAGCUGAAAGCUGCUGAGGAGAGAGAGUACGAAACCCAUCACGAACUGAAGUGUCUCUGGGAGGAAAAGCAAUGUCUGGAAAAAGAUGUUAAAACCAAACCUGCUGAGCUGGAAAGCAACACAAAGGCCUUAAAGGAUGAAUGUGAGGAUCUGAGGAAAGAGGUGGCCCUGAGACAGCUGGAUGUCAGAAACCUGUCGGAGGACGUUGAAACACAUGAAAUGUUGGUACUGAAACACGAUGAGCUGGAAGAAAUGAAGAAGAUCAUCGCACUCAAAGAGGCUGAAAAAGCUGGAAUUAUCGGGAUAAACAGCCAAAUAUUAAAGGAGAUGGAGAGGAAACGCUCCGAGUGGGAAGCUGACAUGAAGAAGAUGGAGUCAUUAAAUCUGGAGGGAUCAGAGACGGAGCAUGAGGUGAAGGUGGUGGAUGAGCGUAACCAGUCCCUGAGGAUGAUGCGGGAGGAGGCGAUUCAGGAGCUGGAGGGUCUGAAGGCCCAAACAGAGGUUUGCUUGAAGGAGCAGAGACGGCUACUGAUGGAGCAGGAGGUCAGCAAAGAGGAGAUGGCUGAACUCCUGGGAAACAGAGGUAUCUUGGAAAUGAAGCUGCAGAACCUGAUGAGUGACAGAAAGCACCUGUACGAGAGGCGAUCUGUGCUGCUCAGGGAGAAAAGCAGGCAGACGCAAGCCCUCACCAGGAUGGAGCAGGCUCUGGCCGUGGCUUCUGAGCAGCUGACACACACACAGGCCGUCUACAAAGAGCUGCAAGCACAGUUAGAUGCUGUUCCCAAACGGGAGACCGGUAUUCAGCAAAGGUUGGAGCUUCAGAAAGAGGUGGAUGCUCUCAAAGCCAGUUUUGAAAAACAGCUUGCUCUGGCUGAAGAGGAAAGCCAGAAGAAGCAGCAGUACGGGAUGGUUCAGGAGCUGCUCGGGGAGUCGAACCGCCUCAGAGAAGAGCUCCACAACCUCAGAUGUCUGAGACAGAUCAGAACCGAGGAGAGGAGCCAGAAGCACCAUAGACUGCUCAGGACCAAGCAUCUGAAUGAGCGCAUCCAGCAGGAGCUGAGAGAGAAAGACCUGAUGGUGAUCGACCACAACAAGCUCUACACAGGGCUACAGCGCAGAUUAUCACAAUAUUCAAAGCUGUGUGAUCUAAUCACGGAGGAGAAGAACAAGUAUGUCCGACUGAAGGAGACUGCCUCACAGACAAUCACAGAAUUGACGGAGCAGAUUAAAGUCCUGAAAAACGAGAUGGAAAUGCAGCACGCUAUCACUGUCAGCAAGGACAGAUCACUCACAAAGGCUCGUAUGGAGGUUUCUAAUUGCUCCAAAACCAGAGACAAACUCCGUAAUGACAUCUCAGAGGUCACCUGGAUGCAACAUCAGCUCAGCCAGCAGAGCAAAGACAAUGAACAAGAACUCACACAACUGCAACAAAUGAUUAAACUCCAACGGGGGGUGCUUCUGGAGGUCAAUACAAGACUAGACAAGGCCACUCAGCGACAGACAUUUCUCAGAAUUCAGCUCUUGGAACAAGAUGAAGUUUUGGUCAACUAUCGUGAGCAGUUGAACAACCUUGAGGCAGCCGUCGCCAAGGGCAACAUGGCUCUGGAAACCCUGGAGAAGGACAUGAGAGAAUUACAGUUAGAAAUGAACAAUGAUAGGAGACACAUAGAGCUGAAGAGGAAGGAGGUGCUCCUGAAGAGAAAACUGGAGGGAGAGAUCGCCAUGCUGCAGAUAGAGUUGUCCGAAGCCAGAGACAACACCCUAAAAGGUCUGAAUCAACCCGUUGGCUACAGGGAGCUAAAAGGCAAAGACCCAUCAGAAGCAGAGCUCGUCCAUAAAAUGGAGCAGCUGGAGGUGAAUCUAGCCAAAUGCGAGAGGCAGCUGCUGGAAAAAGAACUCCUGGUGAAGCAGGUGACUCAGCUGUCUGAGCCGCUCAGGCAGCAGGCGGAGAACUGCAAGCAGGACAGUCUAAUACUGGCAAAGAAGCUGAACGAAGUCCGGACAAACAUAGUCAGCACCAACCACCGUUUGAUGGCCAUUUCUGCCGAGCUCUCAAUAAAGCAAGCAGCUGCUCUGUCUCAGCAACAGCAGAUCAAAGACAAAGAGCUUCAGAUGGACAGAUGCCAGCGUCGUCUGGAGCAGGGCCUGUUGCCAUGGCCUGAGAUGGAGGAAGAGUUGAGAAGGAUGGUCCAGGAUAAGAAGAAGAGACAGAAGGACAAAGAAGAGAAGCAGAGGAUUCUUGAGGCAAAUGGAUGGAACCAGAUGCCAAAUGGAAAGUAUACUACAGCCGAAGCCCGUCCCGACUCUUACAUCCCCCAGAACGACCCGCUUGGUCUCCCCAGACCCUACGGAGCCCUGGCCCCUUGCAAACCCACCAAACAAGGGGCCAACAUGAGACACAUCCGUGAACCGAGUCUCAGAUCCUAGGAAACUGAUUAAUGACGGCGAAAUGAAUAUUUUUUUUACAUAUUCAAAGGUAUUCACUAAAAAUUUACUUGUUAAAAUAAAAAAUAUGAGAAUCUGAAGGAUGCAUUUGAAAUUCCAGUGCUAACCAAUGCAACCUGUUUCCCGUCUUUAUAAAUUCAUUGACUUUUUUAUCAUUUGAGCUUCAUCUGUUAGCAAUUGUUUGGUUUUUGACAAAUUUACUGGCAGUGUUUACACUCAGCUUGCAGCAACACUGACAGGAAACACAAGGAAUUCUAGGUAUGUGUUACAUCAUUUUCAGCAGCAUGGUUUAGUGUAAAUUUCACUAAUGUUCGGACUUCCCUUACCUCGAAAACAAUCCCAUUCCUCAGGAAUGCCUGGAUAUUUCCACGCAUUUUUCCACCUCGUUGUUGUCUCGCCCUUCACGGCUGUAAUCUUUGAAUAAAUUGUGACGAGUUUAAGCUUUGA